GAAUUUCUAAUCGAACCUGCCUCACAUUUGGUCACGUGACAAACAAAAUGGCGUCGUCCAUACAAAGAUAAUAGAAACGACUAGUGGUCUGCGGCAUUCUCCUCAUUUACACAAUAAUGGACAAAGAUUUGAAUGCCGGUGCUCUUGGCAUUAGCUGGCAUGACAGCACAUUCAUCCCACUGCUGAACACCUCUAAUGUGAUGGACUACUUCAGCGAGAGGAGCAACCCUUUUUACGACCACACCUGCAACAAUGAAAUCAUCAAAAUGCAGAGAUUAAGCCUUGAUCAAUUAAAUAACAUGGUUGGCGUGGAAUAUAUAUUAUUGCAUACACAAGAACCAAUUUUGUACGUCGUUAGAAAACAGGAAAGAAAUGGUCCAAAUCAUGUGGUGCCAUUGGCGGACUACUACAUCAUCGCUGGAGUGGUGUACCAAGCUCCGGACCUCGCCUCAGUCAUCAACUCCAGACUGUUAAAUACCUUGUCUAACUUGAAAUCAGCAUUUGAUGAAGCCCAGUCCUUCUCAAAGUAUCACCCCAGUAAAGGUUAUUGGUGGGAGUUCAAGGAUCAGGAGAGUUCAGAUAAAAAAGAUUCAAAGGAAAAGAAGAAGAAAGAAGAGCCAAGCUCCAUGUUCCAGCGACAGAGAGUGGACUUGUUACUUGGAGAGUUGUCUAAAAAAUUCCCUCCUAAGUUCAUACCCCCCACGCAGCCCACAGAGGUCAAAGAGGAUACUCCCAAACCAGAGGCAGUGACAGUCAAACAGGAGAUAAAACAAGAAAAAACAGAAGAAAAGCCAUCUAAUGUCAUCAAACCUCCACCAGAGAAAAAACCAAAACUAAUUAGAUAAUGACCAGGUGUUAACAUAUAGGUGUGAACAUACAGGUGUGAACAUACAGGUGUGAACAUACGGAUGUGAACAAACAUACAGGUGUGAACAUACAGGUGUGAACAAACAUACAGGUGUGAACAUACAGGUGUGAACAAACAUACAGGUGUGAACAUACAGGUGUGAACAAACAUACAGGUGUGAACAUGCAGGUGUGAACAAACAUACAGGUGUGAACAUACAUACAGGUAUGAACAUACAGGUGUGAACAUACAGGUGUGAAUAUACAUACAGGUGUGAGCACACAGGCGUUGAUAACUAAAUAUUCUGAACAUGCAGGUGGGGAGAAAUUCCAGUCCUUCGUAUAAACUUUCAUGAUGAUGUCUACAUUGUGUGAAGUUUUUUUCCAAGUAAUAUUGAAAUAAAAGCACUACAUCUUUAUAGAAUAUAGAAACGAAUACCCCAAAAAUGCAGGUAAUUGGUGAGUGUCUUCAUGCAUACCUGGAAAAGUGUGUAAUUUGAUACAAAUGUGUUUGUACAUGCAGCAGGGCCACUGAGACAGACUGGCCUUGUGAGGCAGGUGUUGUAUACUUCAUGUUAUCAGGAUCUAGUCUGUCAGACAGAAACUGAAAUCAACGACAUUGUAACGGACAUCCUGAAACUGACACCUGCCAUGUUAUGACUGAAAUAAAUCACUGUUUUGUCUGGUGUUGGAGAGGCUGGAAAUAUCUGGAGAUAAGAUCUGUGUAUUUAAGACAAUGAAAAUUUCUCAAAAUUAUGGUGUUCAGCUUUUGCCAUGACACUUUUAAUUUUUUUUAAUUUAUUUGCUUUCAUAAUAUUGAAAGCACUAUUAAUAUCAAUUCAUGUUGUGUGUAGAGACAAUAUAAUACACAUUUCAUACUUAAGUGUGAAGAUAUCUAAUCAUCUCAAAUAUAUUUGGAAAGUGGACACAGUGUACUUUAUGAAGCUGACAGGAUUUCUGGGUGUGGUACCAUUCAAGUUUAGUCAUUUUCUUGGCAGCUGUCCAGAACUUUCAAAUAAAAAAUGUCAUCAAUCAUGAGUAUUAUGAUAUUGAAAUAAAUGAUACAUUCUUGU